CAGUGAUUUCAAAACUUUUCAGAAACUGGUAGGUACUCGGUAAAUUGACCUUCAUAUUAUUCAUUUACUUACAAAGAAACCGGCAAUCAAAAAAUGUGGUUAAGCCAUUAUAGCCGUUGGCUUUCCCGCUUUCAAAACCUUCAUUUCCUUUCCCAACAAUCAACAAGCCAACUCCUCUCCUUCUCCUUCACCACCGCCACCAUCACCACCACAACAACAACUCCAUCCUCGCCGUCGCCAUCGCCGCCACCAAUCCAGGUGGCGCUUACCGAGUCAGCGGGUCGAGGCGUGUUCGCUACUCGGAGAAUUUCCGCUGGUGAUCUUAUCCACACAGCCAAGCCCGUUGUCUCUCACCCUUCUCUCUCGUCACUCAACAGCGUCUGUUACUUUUGCCUCAGAAAGAUUACUUCAAAUUCACUUGAGUUUCAAGCUCAUAACGCUCGUUUUUGUAGCCAAGAGUGUAAAGAAAACUCUAAGGUUUUUUAUGAUGUUGAGAGAAGAGCAGAUUGGUCCACCUUCGAUGACUAUUGCCGGAGCCAAGGAUUGAAGUACCCUCUUUUAGUCAAGCGGUUGGCUUGCAUGAUAAUAUCAGGAGCUUUAUCUGCUGACAGUAUUCACAUACUUCAACCUGCUAGUUUAUCUCCUGAGAUGAUUUUAAAGAUGGAAGAGGGUUUUCAUUUGCUAAGGAGAGCCUUAAAGAAGGCUGAUGCCAUGGAUGAAGAGUUGACAUUCCUAAACAAGCAAUGGUACACUAGUGUGAUGGCACGUAUUCGUAUUAAUGCUUUUCGUAUUGAAUUGGCUGGAGGAUUGUAUGAAGAUCUUCUUUCAGCAGCUGCAGCCUCUAUAGAAGCUGAAGUUGCAGUUGGGAAUGCUGUUUAUAUGCUUCCAUCCUUUUACAAUCAUGAUUGUGAUCCGAAUGCACAUAUUAUAUGGAUAGACAAUGCAGAUGCAAGAUUGAAGACCCUUCGUGAAGUUGAGGCAGGGGAAGAGCUUCGCAUAUGCUAUAUUGAUGCAAGUAUGGGUCACAAUGCUCGGCAAACUCUCCUGGCAGAAGGGUUUGGUUUCCGGUGCAACUGCCCUAGAUGUUUAUCUGGUGAUUAAGCAACUUUCUUCCCUGACUUCUUCUUUCCUGUUAUCUUUCCAAGUCCAAAAUAAUGCUGAAACAGAGGUGAAAUUUUCUUCUUGCACUUCCCAUUGUUGCAUGACCACUGCUUUUUUAAUCUUCUUGUGUUCAGAACUAUCGGAUAAAGAGAUGUACUCGUACCUUUUUAAAAUUUCAUGAAGAAAUUAAACUCCAGGCAUAAUCAGAAAUCUGCUGAUUUGCAGGAACAUUAACAACAGUGGAUGCUAUAU